GGCCGCCGUCGUCACCGCUCCACCCACAGUCGUCACCUCACUUCAACGCUCGUCGUCCUCCUCCACUCCUCCACCUCCAACCUCCUCGCACGCCCUCCCUCCCUCCAUAAACAUAAAAGCCCUCGCGCACCCACACGCCCUUGUCGUUUCCAUUCCACCCUUCCAAUUCAACGCCCCUACAAUGGUGGCGCCCAUCGACCCACCUCGAAUUCGUAGCGCGAAUCCUCGUCUCCCAAUGAGCAUUUAAUCGGUCCCGUUCCGUUCGCCGAGGCUGCAGUGAGCUGAAUCUUUUGCAUUCUUGCCUUCUUGGCUUCUUGCUGCUGGAGAAGAAGGAGAAGAGCGCGCGCUCCCCAUGCCGUGCGCGCGCGCCGAGGACGCGCUGCCCUCCGCCGCCAUCGCCGCCCUCGAGAUGCCAUCCUCCGCCGCCGCCGCCGCAGCAGCAGGCGGUCUGAUCCAGAAGGUGGGCGGCGGCCGGAGAUCGGGCGGGUCGGGGCGGGCGUUGCAUCGGUCGGCGCAUCUGUCGGCGGAGGACGACGGCCACGCGCCGCCGCCGGCGAGCUGCAGCAAGGAUGAUAAGAUCGGUGGUGGUGGGAAGAGAGAAGGGAGCCAGAGGAGCAGGAUGAGGAAGUACAGGUCGCAGCUCGAGCAGGAAGUCAAGAAAUUACAGAGGCAGCUCGAAGAAGAGAUUGAUUUGCAUGUUGCGCUGGCAGACGCUGUUAUGCAAAAUGCUGGACCUGUACUGAACUCCUCUGUGAAGAUUCCAUACAAGGCACAAGAAUUACUAACUAACAUUGCCUCCUUGGAAAGUGCCGUAUCGAAGCUUGAAAAGGACUUAAAUGAACUAUAUUACCAGCUUUGUCAUGAAAGGAAUGAAAGGUUACUUGCCGAAAGUAAACCAGGGUGCUUGCCAUCUACAUCCCCAGAUCACUCAUUGUCAACUUGCACGUGCACAUGGGAAGAACACAUAUCAUCAUUGAGAGAUUUAAAGUUUGGAGGAUCUGAGUCAAUGAGGUCAACACAACAAGAUUUAUACUCUGAACUUGAAUAUGAACAAGAUGUUGGAGAAGAUCCUGAGGAGAGACAAAUGGUUUCUCUAAAUAGACUAUUUGAAAAACACCGGGAUGUUUCUUUAAAUAGACUUCUGGAAAAACACCGGGAUGAAGAGAUGCAAGAAUCUUGCUCUACUGAUAAAGAAGGCGAAGAAGAUGAGAAGAUUGAUACUCUAUCAUUUGAACAAUCCAUACUAAAGAUAACUAGCAUGAAAUUAGGGAAUCUUUGGAACAAUCCUAACCAGCUCUCAGAGGAGAUGGUUCGUUGCAUGAGAAACAUUUUCCUCCGUCUAUCUGAAUCCUCGAAGAUGUUACCAAAGGAAUCUUCUGAUUGUUCAUCUUCCUCAGCAGAACGUCUUUCUGGUUCUACACUGGCAUCCUUCUCAGAUUCAUCCAUCAUUCCCUCAAUGCUACGAAGUCCUUCAGUUGACUCGAAUCGCAAUGAUGAGAUGACAACUGAAGCCAGCAACUUUGAUCCAUAUAAAGUUAAUGGGAAGGAAAGCCGAAGAGAUAUUGGAAAUUAUCAUUCAGCAGCUGAAGUAUCUUGGAUGUCUGUUGGAAAGGAGCAACUUGAAUAUGCAUCUGAAGCUCUAAAAAAAUUCAGAUUUCUUGUGGAACAGCUAUCAAAGGUUAACCCUAAUAGUAUGAACUGUGAUGAGCGGCUAGCCUUUUGGAUUAAUUUGUACAAUGCACUGAUUAUGCAUGCAUAUCUAGCAUAUGGAGUUCCACGAAAUGAUAUCAAGCUUUUUUCCCUAAUGCAAAAGGCCUGUUACACAGUUGGUGGUCAGUCUUUCAGUGCUGCUGAAAUAGAAUUUGUGAUUCUAAAGAUGAAGACUCCAGUGCAUCGGCCCCAACUUUCCUUGAUGCUAGCUCUUAACAAGUUCAAAAUUACUGAGGAGCACAAGAAAUACUCGAUUGAUGGGACAGAACCCCUUGUGUUGUUUGGACUCAGCUGCGGAAUGUUCUCUUCACCCGCCGUGAGGAUCUUCUCUGCAGCAAAUGUCCGUCAGGAGCUUCAGGAAUCUUUGAGAGACUAUGUCCAAGCGUCUGUUGGUAUAAGCGACCGAGGGAAACUGCUAAUCCCAAAGUUACUGCAGAGCUAUGCCAAGGGGAAUGUCGAAGAUUCUUUGCUCGCUGACUGGAUCUGCCAUCACCUUACACCUGAUCAAGUUGCAGUCAUCCGAGAUUCUUCUUCACAGCGGAAGCAGCGGCUUCUUGGAGCACGCAGUUUUACUGUUGUUGCAUUCGACUCAAAAUUCCGCUAUCUGUUCUUGCCUGACAGCAGUGGCUCCCAGAAGCCAGAACCCAAACGGACUUCGUGAGCUGUGUUCAGAAAACACAUGCUAUGAGCGAGUAUGUUUGGUCCUAGAACCAUUUCUUGCAUACUGGACAAUGGAGUAGCUAGUUGUAUAUGAUGUAAAUUUUUGGAGGAAGAGUAUAUGAUGCAACAAAGAUGAGAAGCUGGAGGGUGAUACAAAGAGCUCCAGUAAGGAUACAGGAUAGUUCAUAUGUAUGAUCAGAUUAUCUCAGCUGAAUUGGCGAUGAAGGUUCAUCUGGAUCUCAUUUUGUUCUGUUACUGUCUUUCCAUAAUGAAGAUAACCUUUUGUAAUUUUUGUUUUCGACAUACCUUUUUUUGGGGGUAUAGUUCUUGAUCUUGGUCAAUUGAUUUGUAAGUUGUGCUCUAAAUAAUGUAUAGUGCUUUUACCUCUUUAUAAUAAUGUGAGUUACUUUGUCACUGUCUGGCUGUUACUGCUGGAAUAA